AUGGAGGGUGUUUCAUACCAGAGAUUCCCGAAGAUCAAAAUCCGGACGGUGAGAGACGAUUUCAUGAAGUUCGAGCUAAGGGACACAGACGCCAGUAUCGCCAACGCGCUCCGCCGCGUUAUGAUCGCUGAAGUUCCCACCAUUGCUAUUGAUUUGGUGGAAAUCGAGGUGAACUCGUCGGUCCUCAACGAUGAGUUCAUCGCUCAUCGUCUCGGGCUCAUUCCACUUACCAGCGAGCGUGCUAUGUCCAUGCGCUUCUCCCGAGAUUGCGACGCCUGCGACGGAGACGGCCAGUGCGAGUAUUGCUCCGUCGAGUUCCAUUUACGAGCCAAGUGCAUUAAUGACCAGACUCUUGAUGUUACCUCUAAGGACCUUUACAGCUCUGACCACACCGUUGUUCCAGUUGAUUUCUCCGAUUCGUCUACUGGAUUUGAUAACACGGAGAAUAGGGGAAUCAUCAUUGUGAAGCUGCGUCGUGGUCAGGAGCUGGUUUUAAGAGCCAUAGCUCGGAAAGGAAUUGGCAAAGAUCAUGCUAAAUGGUCACCUGCUGCUACUGUUACUUUCAUGUAUGAACCUGAAAUCUAUAUAAAUGAAGAGAUGAUGGAAGGCUUAACCCUUGAGGAGAAGAAAGAGUUUGUUGAUAGCAGCCCCACAAAAGUGUUUGACAUUAAUCCCAAUACCCACCAGGUUUAUGUUCAUGAUGCUGAAGCAUAUACGUAUGAUGAUGAGGUGCUUAAGAAAGCUGAAGCAAUGGGGAAACCUGGCCUUGUGGAGAUCCAUGCCAAGGAAGAUAGUUUCAUUUUCACAGUUGAGACAACGGGCGGAAUAAAAGCUUCUCAAUUGUUUUUGAAUGCCAUAGAUGUCCUGAAGCAGAAGUUGGAUGCUGUUCGCUUGUCAUCAGACACGGUGGAAGCUGAUGAACAGUUCGGAGAGUUGGGAGCACAUAUGCGUGGAGGUUGAUAUGUCUCGUUUAGCAGAGGUUGAUUUGUUGUCCCAAUUAACUUGUCAGUAUGAAAUCGAUGACAGUCCUGUAAGUAAUUCAAAUUUGCCCAGAGUUGAAUUUCCUUCAUUGUACGUGGAAAACUCACCUGUGAGUGUACAAUAUCUCGAAGGAUAACUGUUUCCACCUUUUGUUUGAUGGAUAAUCAGGUUCGGUGCCUCUUACAUUCCUAGUUUAAUGUUCAGUCAUGGUUUGGUGGACUA